ACGUUGUGUCCUCACUAGUUGAACGUUUUGAGUUAUUCUCCAGUCGAGUUAAAAUGUUGCUAUUAAACAGGGUUUGCUUGUCGUUGAAAAUUUUGAGAAAAGUGUCAGCCCGGCGCUGGCAUCAUACUAGUUUGACAAGAGGACUGCAUGUUAAUAGAAAUGGUGUAGCAACUAAUUAACUGGGCAUACCUGAGUGCAAAAGUUUGCAUCUCCCAAGAUGACCUAAUUAACAACAUGGACAAGAAAGCAACAUGGGACAGAUUUUACACAGAAAACAGCCGGAAAGGAAAAUUCAAGAACUUUGAGUGGUUCUUUGGCUUUCAUUCAGUCAAAGACUACAUCCUGCCUCUGCUGCAGUCCAUGUCUGAUACUCCUGCACCAUUACAUGUUCUGGACAUUGGCUGUGGCACGUCAGCAUUAGGGCCCAGUGUCUACACACACUCCCAGUGUGCAGUGAAGGUCACAUGUGCUGAUAUCUCUCCAGUGGCGGUGCAGUUAAUGCAGGAACAUGUUGAAAGUACACCACUACAACCCUGCAACCCGGCUUCCACCCUCAUCUUCAGAGAAAUGGACUGCACAGAGCUGGAAGGACACUUUGAGCCCAGGAGCCUGGCCUUGAUAGUAGACAAAGGUACAACAGAUGCACUGGUGAGGACUAAGGAAGGGCAAGCAAAAGCUGGUCAAAUUGUACGGCAAUGUCUGACUGUGCUGAGACACUCAGGGAGCCUGCUGCAGUUUUCAGAUGAAGAUCCUGAUGCCAGGCUGCUUUGGCUAGAGAAAGAGAGUCAAGGCUCAGAGGUGGCAGCUGAUGUAUUAGUACACGAAGUUGGAGAAUUACGAGGGGUCACUUACUUCUGUUAUCAAAUAACUCCUUAUACAGCCCAGCACUGACACCUUGAACAUUACUCUGUGUUUUAUGUGACAUUGUCAUUUUGCUUUGUGUAAUUACAUUACAUCCUCCAAACAUUAGAUUACUAUUGUCAUUAUUCCAGUGGUUUUUGACCAUGAUUACUGUAUGCGCAAUCCAGUCACAGUGUCUGC